UGUCCAGAAACAGGACAGAUUGUUUAAGAAUCUUUACAAUUCAACUUCCUCGUGUCAUCAUGCCUUUUACCAUACAGCGUACAGUAGUUCCAGAACAAUCAACCAAUUGGGACGUGCACUAUUCCACAAAAUAACCAAAUUUCCAACAGCACGUAAAGGCAGCAGAGUGGCCGACAAUCUGUUCAAAUUCACAAAAGCACCUUUGUCGUUUUUCUACUCCUCCUUCUUAUUCCUCCCCUUUUCUUGUCCGAGCUUAUGUGACAUAGACUUCGAAGAACCGACGAAAUAGCUCAUAAAGACUUGCGCAAGAUUCAUCAGAUUUCUUGGUUUUCAUUUUUAGAACGAGCUCCGUAAAAGGUAGCAUCCAAAUUAACCUGUUAUAUUUAUAUAAUUAACCAGUUGUUAUAGUUCGUAUGCAGGCUAUAAUUUUGCGCUUUUUAGUGCUUAAACUACCUAGUUUAAUCUUUGUUACUUCUGUGGGCUGGUCUGUUUGGUAUCUGACAAUUACAUUUAUUCGGUUAACAACAGACGAGAGAGGUAGGAGGGAUUUCCCUUCUCAAAAGAAGAAAAAAAAACAAUUUUUCCUCUAGUUUCCAUUAGCUGGAAGAAGACGAGCCUGGGGGUGUGGGGUGUGUGUGUGUGUGUGUGUGUGUGUGUGUGUUGAGGGGGGGGGGCUACAUUCCUCUCAUACUGCAGGCCAGGCUGGGUGAGCUUCCUGCCGCUUUUCCUGUACCGCUUCUUUUUUACGGUUAAGCAAGAAAUUUACGGGGACGGAGACUUUGCGGCUGCCAACAAGCUCAUAUUGCAGGAGAAAGGAUCAACAUCCGAGGCGAGACUCACGAUUGACCAGGGAUUUUUUGCAGAGGGAGGUUUUUUGCAACCAGAGCAGCCGAUUUAGUCACACGGGAAAGAAAAAAUAACAAAGUGAUGUUUCAGUGAUUUGAAGACUGGGAAAGUAGACGGAAGAAGCUUCAUGGAAAGAUGUUUCGGAAAAAAGCAUCUUCCUCCUUGAGAAUGCGAAGAAUAACUGAAAGCACUAGAUGGAAUAUUGACCGUGGGCGGAGUCUGUCAUUCCAUGAGGUGCGGGGUAAGUGUGAGGCAGAGAUGAGGGCCGCAGUCGAGGAAUCAUCGAACAGCAACAACAGUGCUGGGGGUGGCAGCAACACUGUCCUGCAACGUCUCCUGCAGGAGCAGAUGAACCGGAAUUAUGUGCUGCAACAGCAACAACAACAAGGAGGAGCAGGUGGAGGCGGUUACUCGGGGCAAGGACAGGCUCAGGGACAGGUAGGCCCCCCUGAUGAUCACUCCAUGUCUUCUCACAUUGCCCGUCAGGAGCCCCAGGGACAGGAGCUGCAGACGGACAACAGCCUUGAGAAGCUAGGCUCCACAAGAGUUGGAGGAGGGGGUGGAAGCAGUGGAGGAGGAGGAGGGGGUUUAGGGACUGGAGGAGGAGCAGGGAGCAGUAGUGGAGGUGGGAGCAGCCAAGGGCAGUGUCUGAACUCAGAAGAUCUCCCUACAUAUGAAGAGGCAAAAGUGCAGUCACAGUACUUUCGUGGCCAUGGUCCUCCGUCUCAGCCUCAGCAGCAGAACAACCAACCCCAACAGCCUUCUCUCCCUGCCUCAGUGGGUACUGCUUUCUAUGUCACUGGGGUGACUAGUGCCAAGGUACGUACUGAAGGCCGCCCUACAGUACAGCGAGUGAGUGGUGCAGGAAAGGUGCACCAGGAUGAUGGGCUAAAGGACCUUAAGCAAGGACAUGUUCGUUCUCUCAGUGAACGACUUAUGCAACUCUCCUUGGCCACCAGUGGUGUGAAGGCCCAUGCUCCAGUCACUAGCGCCCCCCUGUCCCCUUUGCUUCCCCCACCAGGGUCACCAGGUGACUACUACAAACCACAGCAUCGUGGGCCACCUCCAGACUACCCCUUCAAAGGAUUGGGCUCUCCCACCAAGCAGCAGGAGGCUGGAGGCCAUUUUUACCAAGAGCAGAGAGGGAGGGAGCACUUGAGGGAGGUGCCCCAUGUCCGUUACCAGCCCCCACCUGAGUACGGCUCAUUCAGGUCCAGUAAGGAGGGUUCAGUUCACUCCCAGAGGCCACUUAACCAGCACAGCCCCACCUCCUCUGUCACCUCUGUGGGCUCCUUGUCCCGCACCCAAUCCUCCAUACUCAGUAGUAUGCUCAGUGCUUCCCAGUCCUCCCAUCCUUCCCAUCCCUCCUUCCCUCACCAGCACCCCCAGAGCCAGGGAGAGACCUUCUCCAGCACGGGACCUCGAAGCCUGCAGAGCCCUAGUUCUCACCAAGCAGGUGAACCCUACAUCCCAGGGCCCAUUCACCCACCAAGAGGUCUUGGUUUCCCUCAUGACCCUUAUGGCUCUACCCCAAGAAUGCACCAUCAGCAGCAGCAGCACCACCAGUAUCAACAACAACAGCAACAACAGUUCCAAGGACCACCUCUACAGCUCCAGCCACCAGUUCUGGCUGGACAUUGUCCACACCCACCCUCCUUCUCUCAACUGCAGGCUGAGCCCUUUGCUGUGGUGACACGUGCCCAGCAGAUGGUGGAUGUACUGACAGAGGAGAACAGGAUACUGAGGCAGGAGAUGGAGGCCUGCCGUGAGAAAGUCGCUAAGUUGCACAAGUUGGAAACAGAGAUCCAGCUGGUGUCAGAGGCCUAUGAAAACCUUGCCAAAUCCUCCUCCAAGAGGGAGGGCCUUGAGAAAACCAUGAGGAACAAGCUGGAGCUGGAGGUGCGUCGGCUGCACGACUUCAACAGGGAUCUCCGAGAGCGCAUGGAGACGGCCAACAAGCAGCUUGCUGCUAAAGAAUGUGACGGCUCAGAGGACAACCGCAAAACCAUCUCCCAAUUGCUUGCACAGAACAAAGAGACGCUGCGUGAGAAGGAAAAGCUGGAGAUGGAGUUGAAUGCAUUGCGCUCUACCACAGAAGACCAGAGGAGACACAUUGAGAUAAGAGACCAGGCGCUCAACAACGCCCAGGCCAAAGUGGUCAAGCUGGAAGAGGAGCUGAAAAAGAAGCAGGUUUACGUAGAGAAAGUAGAGAGGAUGCAGCAGGCUCUGGCUCAACUCCAGGCUGCCUGUGAGAAGAGAGAACAACUUGAGCAUCGACUGCGCACAAGACUGGAGAGAGAGCUGGAGUCGUUACGCAUGCAGCAGCGUCAAGGAGGCUCUCAGGGCAGUGGUACUGUUCCAUCAGAAUACAAUGCCACAGCACUCAUGGAGCAUCUGAGAGAGAAGGAGGAGCGGAUCCUGGCUCUGGAGGCCGACAUGACCAAGUGGGAGCAGAAGUACUUGGAGGAAAGCGUGAUGAGACAGUUUGCCCUGGACGCUGCUGCCUCAGUUGCCACUCAAAGGGAUACAUCUGCAGCAGCUAUAAGCCAUUCUCCUAGUAGCAGCUAUGACACAUCAGUGGAGGCUCGAAUCCAGAAGGAAGAAGAGGAGAUCCUCAUGGCCAACCGGCGCUGUCUGGAUAUGGAGAGCAGGAUAAAGAAUCUUCAUGCUCAGAUUAUAGAGAAGGAUGCUAUGAUCAAGGUGCUUCAUCAAAGAUCCAGGAAGGAGCCAGUCAAGUCAGACGUACCGUCUGCUAUGAGACCCUCCAAGUCCCUGAUGUCCAUCUCCAACACUGGCUCUGGUGGUUCAGGACUGCUUUCUCACAGCCUGGGACUCAGCAGCUCGCCCAUCACUGAAGAACGCAAGGACACCAGCUGGAAAGGAAGCCUGGGGCUUCUACUUGGUCCUGAGUUUCGUACAGAGCCUCUUAGGGCCGAGUCAAUCUCAUCAUCCCCCUCUCCGGUGCUUCCUUCCACCCCGAUGGCUGCAGGUCACUCUAAGACAGGCAGCAGGGACAGUUACACACAGACCGAGAAGGCCCCAAGUCAGGACACAAGCAAGCCCAGCACUCCAGCCUUGCAGAGCAUGACACUGCCCGCACGCCUGUCCAGCCCCAGCCCCAUUUAUAUUCCUGACCGCUUAGCAGAUGUGCCCAUGUUUCACAGCAGUACCCUGGAGCGGAGGCUCCCUGUCCAGUCCCACCCACAGCAACUGGUCUCUCCUAUAGCCCCGUUGUCCCAACAGGAAGUGGACAACGACAUGGUGGAGAUCCUCAUCUGACCGCAUUACUCCCCCAAAAAACCAUAAGACAAACACAGUGAGAGACAUGCAAAUCAUUCCUAGUUAUCAUCCAAACCUGCAGCUAUGUUUGACUUGACCCACAUGUGCAUGACUGGAGUCUUCAUACAUUUCCUUCAUUCCUUUACUUUUCAUCAUCAUCUUAGCAAAACCCUGGAAAAGCCAAAAAAUCAGAAGCAAACACAAGUGUGAUGCCCCUUUCUGUUUCAUCUCAGCUUUUGUCAUUUUCAUAAAUGCUUAUCAUAAUAUGAAAUGGUGACUAGAAGUUAAAAAUCUUUAUAGUCUCAUUUUUAUGAAGCAACUUUGGACAAUGAAUUUGACAAGUGCUCAUUCACAAUGAUGGUGAUAUACUUAACUUUGACAACUUGUGCUUCAAGAUGAAGUUGGCUGUUACUGUACACAGACUAAGAGUGAUCACAUUACUAACCAACGUCAUUUCAGCACAUUUGGGAGCAUUUACAUGUAGCGUAUGUUUUCUUUCCAACAUGCAAGCAGGUGAUUCAUGAUGAAAAAAGCAGCUUGUUACCUGAACAUGUGAUUGACAUGUGUCAGCUCAAUUCUUUAUACAGUGUUCUAAGGUGGUUAUCAGUUUUGAUCCAAUGUAUUGGCUACAUUUUUGUUGCAUUUUUUGCAAUGCUUUUUUAUAUUAUUUCUUUGACAUUAGACAUUUGACAUCUGACAUUAGGUAUUGUAUUUAUGUGUAUUUUUUUUUACAGUAGCUUUACAGUAGCUAGACAUGGCACAUAUAUGGUAGUUACCUGUGUAAAUGUGUGCUGUGGAAGGAUUUGCAGAGCAUCAUUAGUAGUCCCUGUCUGGUAAUGGCACAGCCAUUAUAUGGGUACAGUGCAGUUUAGGCGCUGGUGACCUUUGUGACAUGCUGACUUCAGACAGGCAGAUUCUCUAAUUUGAAUACCUAUUUGCUCUCAGUGUUCAUUUUCUUGUCUUUGUAAACCUUGACCACACAAAUUCAAAGUGUUGCAUGGGUAAGUAAGCAAGUACAGUCUUCACAAGUUCUUUAUAAAAUAUCUUGACCUGUGCACUUGAUCCAAGUUACUAGUGCCUAUGUGUGUGCCAUGAGAGGCAUUCUUUUGCAUCUGGGAACAUGGUGACGACUGCAUCACUCAGCUGUCGGUGACAAAAGAGGAGACAGUGUGACAGCUCUGUUCGGUGCCUGCAUGUUCCCAUUGGUUGGGAUCAGUAUGCCCUAAAGGUCAUGAAGAGCCACAUAUAGGGGGUUUAUCUUCUAAUAUUGUUCUAACAAAAUUGACAUAUACCUUGUUUUGAAUAUUUAUGUUUUCCGGCACUUGUUUUACAAGCCAUGAAAGGUAUUUGUCGAUACUACCUUACUGACUGAAAUAAUAGCAGCUUGAAAGGGUUUGAUGUAAAUAUGAAAUUUAUGCAACUAAACUGACUAAAUUUGCCCUAUUAAGUAUAAUCUGGGCCAGGACAAAUUUGCAUGGCUUCACUACCAUUGGAUUGCCAAGGAAGAAUCUAAACAUAUCUGACUUUUAACAGAAAGAAUUGGUACUCAUCCAGGUAAACAGAAUCCUUGUGUAAACUGAGGAAAAGGUGUAUCCUAAAUAAUCAUCACGUCUUAAAAUCAGAUGAAGUGGAAUGAGUUGAUUGUGCUGACUUCAAAAUUUGUAAAAGUAAGUGAUAAUAGUUAGAGACUCUUAACAGAAACUCUUCAGUCUCCAGUCAUUUAAAAUUUCAUACAUUAACAGAAUUGUAUCAUUCAGUCAUUUAGUGAUUUAGUGAAUGAUUGUGAAAGGUGUUGCUGGUUCAACUUGUUCCAUGCUGUUGCAGCAAUACAAAAAAAAAAUUCCACAAUCAAAUCAAGCCACAAAGUCAUAGCUGAGCCUUGGCAAUUUUUUAUUUAUGUUGUUAAAUAUUGCUUUUCCUGAAAGCUCAAUGUCACAUGAGAAAAGACAUGCGAAUAGAGAUAUAUAAAAAAAAUUGUUCUUUGUGUGAGCUAGCUUGACAAAUCCUGAAACCCCUGUCGGAAGUAAUGAGUACCACAACAGUAGUUAUCAGCUGCCUUUGUGAACUCUCUGCUACCCACAUCAGGGGUAUUUGGUGCAUUCUUUGACUCUUCUUCCACACAAAAUGGAUUAAUCAUGUGCAAUCUACUUCAGUCAAGAGGAACAGGAUGUUAGAGGGCAUCCGGAAAGUAUUUACACCGCUUCACUUUUUGGAAUGGAUUAAAAAUGGAUUAAAUUAAUUCUUUCCUUCGCAAUUGUACACAAAAUA